GCCGACUAGCGUUCUUUCAGGAUCUCAUUCUUCUCGGUCGUCUGUGUUCCCCACUGCUCUCUUUUACUGACUUAUGGCGAGUGUGAAGUUUUUCCCCAACCUACUGGUAACCUUAGCACAAUUAUGCUCGGAAGUACUUUCAUGCGACCGACGUCAUCGAUAGCUAUUAGCCACCGAUGCAUCCUCGAGCAAUAAUAAACAUUUCCCACUGCAUCCUUGUCCUAGACCUUACCCGUGCUCUCCAGCCUUGAUAACACCUGGUAACGAAACAAUAUGCCUCGCUCGGAAGCAACUGAAGGUUUCAAGUUCAAUCAUACGAUGAUUCGUGUCAAGGACCCUCAGGUCUCACUCAAAUUCUAUACUGAGGUCUUGGGAAUGGAUCUCCUGUCAGAGCAGAAGUUUGAUAGCUUCACUCUCUACUUCCUUGGCUACGACCAUUCCGGAGGCAAGCAAAGUGCAGAGGAGAAGAAGAACACUCGUUUCAACCGCGAGGGUAUCCUUGAGCUCACACACAACCAUGGCACUGAGUCAGACCCCGAUUUCCAAGGCUAUUCCAGUGGAAAUUCUGACCCUGGGCGCGGCUUCGGACACAUUGCUAUCACUGUACCCGACAUCCAGAAGGCUUGCGCUCGGUUUGAAGAGUUGAGCGUGCCAUUCAAGAAGAGGUUGACGGAUGGGAAGAUGAAACACAUUGCGUUCAUUUUGGAUCCUGAUGGUUAUUGGAUUGAGAUUGUUCCCGGCAGAAUCGACUUCUAAGUGAGCGCGGAGGAAAGAAGGAAGAUUCAGAAACCAAGUAAUCAUGUAUUUGUAUGAUGUGGAUUUCACGACGAUGAUGGUAUCUCGCGAUUC